GUGAGUGAGUUGAGAGGAGGUGCUCUGUGCGAGUCAGCAAUCGGUGCACCGGUUGCAUCUGCAAAGUGGAAGUUUUACAACUAAGUUGCGUCCCUUCGCUUACUGUUUCUGACAGAACUCCAAGGAUCUAUUUGCAAUUAAUAAAAAAAAAUUGCUCCUCUAUUUCUUCCCUUGGAAAUCUCGGUGUCUUGUUCUACAGACGAAGAAAACGAGGCAAGAAAUCAAUAGAAAUGCUUUGAGUACCAUGAGCUCUAGCUAGCACUACAGAUGUUGACCAUGGCGCCUCGGAAGCGGAACCGUCAUGUUUUGGGAUUUCUUUGCUGCUUCCGGAGUAGCGAGCAUCCAGAAAUCACCUUCAAGGACAGCAGCGUGCCUUUGCAGCUGCUGGAGUUCUCCCUGCCCAUGCCACCCACCGACGAACUCAACGCCAGGUUCGCAGAGCUUGUGGAUGAAUUGGAUCUCACUGACAAGAAUCGAGAUGCUAUGUUUGCUUUGCCAACGGAGAAGAAAUGGCAGAUUUACUGCAGCAAGAAGAAGGAGCAAGAUGACCCUAACAAACAGGCUACCAGCUGGCCCGAUUACUACAUUGAUCGUAUCAACUCCAUGGCUGCAAUGCAGACGGUUUUUGUAUUUGACGAAGAGGAGAUGGAAAUGAGGAACACAAUUGUCGAGGGCCUUAAGACAGCCUUGAGGACACAGCCAAUGAGGUUCGUGAUGAGAUUCAUCGAACUGGAUGGGCUUACGUGCCUGUUAAACUUCCUGCGGAGCAUGGACUACGACACGUCAGAGAGCCGCAUUCACACAUCCGUUAUAGGGUGCAUCAAGGCUCUGAUGAACAACUCCCAGGGUCGGGCCCAUGUGCUGGCUCACCCAGAGAGCAUCAACAUCAUCUCCCACAGUCUCAGGACAGAAAACAUCAAGACUAAGAUAGCAGUGCUGGAGAUUCUGGGAGCAGUUUGCCUGGUACCGGGAGGGCACAAGAAAGUACUGCAAGCGAUGUUGCACUACCAGAUUUAUGCUGCAGAGAGGACUCGCUUUCAGACGUUACUAAACGAGUUGGACAGAAGCACUGGAAGGUACAGAGAUGAGGUGCACCUCAAAACUGCGAUCAUGUCCUUCAUCAACGCUGUGCUGAAUGCUGGUGCCGGGGAGGACAACCUGGAGUUCCGGCUUCAUCUGCGAUACGAAUUCCUCAUGUUGGGAAUUCAACCAGUGAUUGACAAGUUGCGAAGCCAUGACAAUGCAACGUUAGACAGGCACUUAGACUUUUUUGAGAUGGUGCGAAAUGAGGAUGAGAGCGAACUAGCAAAGCGACUUGACAUGGUACACAUCGACACCAGGAGCACUAGUCAGAUGUUUGAUGUGAUUCGGAAGAAGCUGAGUCACACAGAUGCCUACCCACACUUGGUUUCUGUGCUUCAGCAUUGUCUUCAAAUGCCCUGGAAGAGGAACGGAACCAAUUGCCAACACUGGCAGCUCCUGGACAGGAUACUACAACAGAUAGUGCUGCAGGACGAGAAGGGAGAAGAUCCCGACGUUGCACCGCUGGAGAAUUUCAAUGUGAAGAACAUCAUUCGGAUGUUGGUGAACGAGAAUGAGGUGAAACAGUGGAAAGAUCAAGCGGAGAAGUUCAGGAAAGAUCACAUAGAACUAUUAGCCAGAUUGGAAAAGAAGGAGAGGGAGUGUGAGACCAAAACCCAGGAGAAGGAUGAAAUGAUGAAGACCCUCAAUAAGAUGAAAGACAAGCUACAGAAAGAGUCAAUGGAGUUGCGACAGGCGAGGGAUCAAAUGAUGGAACUCAAUGCACGUCUGAAUGACCUUGCAGACUCGAACGGAGUUGGCCUCUCCUUUCCUCUUCCCCCUCCACCACCGGGGGGGCCCUUCCCCCCACCCCCUCCCCCAAUGUUGGGCGAGCUGCCGCCUCCACCCCCUCUGCUCCUGUAUGAUUUCCCGCCGCCACCUCCCCCUCCACUGCCUCCUGGAGGGCCACCUCCCCCGCCCGGUGCCCCACCCUUCUUUAACUGUGGCAUGCCACCCCCACCUUGCCCCCUCACCAUUGGAAGCAUGAGGAAGAAGGCCAUUCCACAGCCGUCUCACCCACUGAAGUCCUUCAACUGGCACAAGCUGGCAGAGAACAGAAUUGGGGGCUCAGUGUGGGCUGAGAUCGAUGACCUUCGAGCCUUCAGCAUCUUGGACCUGGAAGAUUUUGAGAAGAUGUUCUCAGCUUACCAGAGACAGCAGAAUGAGCCCUUAGCGAUUGCACAGGGCAACCGAGGAAGUGGAGAGACAAGGGACCUGCUCACUAAAACUAACCUGCCUAAACAGAAAGAGCUUGGCUCAAACGAGGACCUCUGCCUCACCAUGAGGAAGGUGAAGGAGCUGUCAGUGAUUGAUGGGCGGAGGGCGCAGAACUGUGUCAUUCUGUUGUCAAAGUUGAAGCUGUCCAAUAAAGAAAUCAAGAAAGCAAUCUUGCAAAUGGAUGAACAGGAGGACUUGCCCAAGGACAUGCUGGAACAGCUCCUCAAAUUCAUCCCAGAGAAGAGUGAUAUUGACCUGCUAGAGGAACACCGGCAUGAGAUCGAGCGCAUGGCAAGGGCUGACCGCUUCCUCUACGAAAUGAGCAGAAUUGACCAUUACCAGCAGCGACUGCAGGCUUUAUUCUUCAAGAAGAAGUUCGCAGAACGACUCGCAGAGGCAAAGCCAAAGAUCGAAGGGAUCCUUCUGGCUUCCAAAGAGCUGUGUCAAAGCAAGAAGCUGAAGCAGCUGCUGGAGGUGGUGCUUGCUUUCGGGAACUAUAUGAACAAGGGCCAGAGGGGGAACGCUUUCGGCUUCAGGAUUUCCAGCCUCAACAAGAUCGGAGACACCAAGUCGAGCAUUGACAGGAGCAUCACACUGUUACAUUAUCUGAUCAUGAUAUUUGAAAAGAGCUACCCGGAGAUCCUCGGCAUCCAUUUAGAUUUACUCCAUGUACCAGAGGCAGCCAAAGUCAAUCUGUCAGAACUGGACAAAGAGAUAAAUAAUCUAAAGAAUGGAUUGAAGGCUUUGGAGUCUGAGCUGGACUACCAGAAAAGUCGCAUACGGAGCCCUGAGGACAAGUUUAUUCCAGUCAUGAGCGACUUCAUUACUGUUGCCAGCUUCAGCUUUUCUGAGAUGGAGGAUCUUUUGGCGGAGGCGAAAGACAAGUACUCCAAGAUGCUGAAACACUUCAGCGAGGAAGAUGGGAAGAUGCAGCCAGACGAAUUCUUUGGCAUUUUCGACACAUUCCUGCAAUCAUUUGCUGAGGCUAAGCAGGACCUGGAGAACAUGAGGCGGAAGAAGGAGGAAGAGGAGCGCAGGGCUCGCAUGGAAGCCAUGCUGAAGGAACAGCGAGAGAAGGAACGGCGGCUGAAGAAGUCACGGGAAGGCAGCGUGUCGGAGGAGGUGGGCGAGUUCGACGACCUGGUGCUGGCCCUGCGCUCGGGCGAAGUCUUCGACAAGGACCUGUCGAAGCUGAAGCGGAACCGCAAGCGCUCGGGCAGCCAGAUGUUGGAGAGCGACCGGGAACGGGCAGUCACCAAGCUGAAUUACUAAGCGGUGGAACACUGCUGUCAGUGCUCGAGAGGGAUUCCCUGGACCAGGGAGGGAGCUUCUCCCCCCUUUUGCCUCUCCAUAACCCCCAGCAACCCUGAUCUAUACACACACACACACAACAUACAGCCCUCCUUUUGUCCUUCCUCCCCACCCUCUUUGCCCCUCCCAUUCCACUGGAGAUGGAAGAAUUGACAGCAGGCUCAAGGUAUCACCACCUCCCCCUCCAUGUUCCCCUCUUGCCAAUGGUGGGAGCCCGGAUUCUGGGAACGAUGGUCGAAGCAGCGCUGGAAUCCGGAGGAACGCUAAGAUGCUCUCGUUAUUGAUUUUGACAUCACUUUGUCUGCCAAAGUAUUGAUUCGUGUCAGUGCUGGUACCAAAAGUCCCGCCUUCUGGUGCUCAACAGCCCCUUGUACUUUUGGAGGGGGAUGGGGGGUGCGCCUUAGCGAAGUCUAACCUUUUUCACAGUGCGCAUCACUUUAGGGGUCUUGACAUAUUUCAUUCAUUGGAUGUGGAUGUGCGGAGGGACAAGCAGAAUUGCUCGGCUGGAGUUAAUCGGCCAUCUGCACAGACGGAACUGCAGAUGCUGGAAAUCGGAAAUAAAACUGGGAAGCCUCAGCAGGUCAGGCAGCAUCCAUGGAAAAAGAGGCCCAAGAGGCUGUGGAUGCUGGAGUCUGGAGGGAAAAUCAAGAGGCUAAAGGAACUCAGCAUAUCAGGCAGCAUCUAUGGAAGGGCAACUACUGUUCUUUUCCCUCCAUAGAUGCAGACUGACCUACUGAGUUCCUCCAACUUCUUGAUUAUCGAUCUGCAGAGAAAGACUUAUCAACUAACAAAGGGCUGCAGACCCAAAGCAAUUGCCGUUCCUCUUUCCGUAGAUGCUGCCCGGCCUGUUGAACUUUUCCACCGCUUUCUGGUUAUUUUAUUGCGCGGCCGGCUAUCUGUUUGCAUCUCUGUCGGUAGAGGUGAGUUUGGCAUCACAGCCAGUGUUGCUAAAGCGAGGCGGGACAACAGCCUUGGCUGCCCUGUCCUAAAUCUGUCACCAUCACCAAGGUGAUAAGAUCCAGCCGCCCACAGAGAUUGCUGAAGAAGAAAAUAAAUAUAUGAGGCCUCCUGGGUGACUAUCCAGAGCAGGAUUCAAAAAGAACUGUCUGCAUCUCAGGCAGCAGAUUCCCAGUGCUUUGGAGGUCUGUGAAAAACAUAUAAUGCAAAAAAAAAACAGUAUUAAAUACAGACAGUGGGUCUAAUCCGCCUGUAUACACACGUUACCACAAAUAGAUAGCCACAGUUACUGGGCCUAUAUUGUGCAAUAAUUUUUUAAGCUUUAUAUGUACAUAUAUAUAUAUAUGAUGUUAAAGUUUAACUUUGUAAGGAGAAAGCUAGUUCUUUUGAAGUGUAGACUUGUCGCAUGAAGUGCGACUAAAAUGUGCAUGUUCAGGUCUUUUUAGGUUUUUGUUUCAUCGCCUUGACUCCCCUCCACCUUCCUGCUUUCUUCCCACCAACUCCAUCGCCAACCUCAGCCAUUGUGUUUGUGUUCUUCAAGCCAAGGAGAAGGCACUUGUGUCAUUAGAAGGGGGCCAGAGACUCACAUUCCUCUCCGUAGCACAAAUCUCGGCGAGAGAGGAAAAGCUAUGAAGCGGCAAGUGGCCUGGCACAUUUGGCCAGUGUCGGGCUACCUUCACGCAGGUACUAAAGGAAAUAAGAUCAAGAGUAGGCCACUGGGCCCUCCAGCUCCGCCUCGCCAUUUUAUAUGAUCAUGGCUGACCUACACUGGCCUCAGCUCCUUCAAGUAUUUAUAUAUCUCCGCCUUAAACUUGAGCUAACCAUCCAGCCCUCCGCACGCUGGGGCAGAGAAUUCCAGAGACUUACCACCUUUCGAGCAUCUCAGUGUUAAAUGAGCAGCCCCGUAUUUAUUUCCCUGUUCAUGAUUCCUACUCAUAAAAACACCUCAAUAUCCAGCAUGUCAGGCUUGCUUGGGAUCACACAGAAAGAUGGAGGAGCAAGUCCCCAGUGCAGGCCAGGAGAAGAAGACUGGCGCCAGAUUAGUUUAGUGCCCUGCAUUGGACUCAGCUGCCAAGUCCUUGACUACCAGUGCGAUACUGGAGGUGUAGCGGCUAUCUGUGAAGUUUUUGGUAAUCCCCUAAGCAAGGACCCUGAGAAAGGCUUGCCCUAAAUAUAGCUAAUGAACUCUCACCCUUCUAUAAGCUGAUAGGUUAACCUGACCCCAACACUGAUGCAGACAGGACCCAACAUUGAGGCCUACAGGUCAGGCUUGGUUUAAGUCUCACCCUGGUCUGUGGUGGAAUUGUGAAGUGUUCAUAAAGGGAACUGACAGUGAAUUCCAUGCUCCAUUCUCUCUGUCCACCAGGAAACAUAAAUUAGAGCUCUUGAUUCACAUCCUAGCCCUCAAUCACUCCCCCGUCACAGAGGUCUCAGUAUGGUGAUGUUGGCUAACAAUUAAUCCUCUAGAAGAACUCAUGGGUUGAGCAGCAUCUGUGGGAGGAUAGAAGCUUGUUGGUGUUUCAGAUCGAAAGCCUGCAUCAAGAUGCUGCUCGACCUGCUGAGUUCGUGCAGCACAUUGUUUGUUAGUCCAGAUUCCAGAGUCUGCAGUUUCCUGUAUCUCCCUGUUGAUACAAGAUGACAUCUUUGCACAGUUGAAUGGACUGUCAAUCACAUGAAAGCAAGUAAUUGGUGUACCAAGUACAGCUCAUAUAAAGAUAUCUUAACGACCAUUCUGAAAAUGCAGACAUGGUUGGCAUUGCCAGCAUUUAUUGCCCAUCCCUAAUUGCCCUCCUGAGCUGUGGAGAUAGUUAAGAAUCAAUUAUAGAGUCAGGAGUCACAUAUGGGACAGGCUGGAUAAGGACAGCAAAUUUCCUUUGCCAAAGGGAACAAGAUUCAAAGAAAAUCUCUUAGUUUCAUGGCAACUAUUACAAAUACUAGUUGUUUUUUGAAUUCCACAUUUAUUUAAUUAACUAUAUUUAAAUUCCCCAGUGGACAGAGUGGGAUUUGAACUCAUAUCAAUGGUUCAAGCCAAACAGUUUAACUACCUUGCUACCACACCACUACCAAGCAAGCAAAGCUGUUUAUGCC